AUGAUGGAACGGGCGAUGGAACAGCUCAACGUACAGCUCAGCCGCCUGACCCGCUCCCUGCGCCGGGCGAGGACCGUGGAACUCCCCGAAGACAAUGAGACUGCUGUGUACACACUCAUGCCAAUGGUUAUGGCCGACCAGCACAGGUCGGUGUCAGAGUUGCUCCUCAAUUCCAAGUUUGACGUCAACUAUGCCUUUGGGCGAGUAAAGAGAAGUUUGCUACACAUCGCUGCCAACUGUGGCUCAGUGGAAUGCCUGAUUUUGCUGCUGAAGAGGGGAGCCAACCCAAAUUACCAGGACAUUUCAGGCUGUACGCCUCUUCACCUGGCUGCAAGGAAUGGACAGAAGAAGUGCAUGGGCAAAUUAUUGGAAUAUAAUGCUGAUGUGAAUAUCUGCAACAAUGAGGGACUGACUGCUAUCCACUGGUUAGCAGUAAAUGGGCGGACAGAGCUUCUGCACGAUCUGGUGCAACACGUGUCUAAUGUGGAUGUGGAGGAUGCCAUGGGGCAGACUGCUCUUCAUGUGGCCUGUCAGAAUGGACACAAAACAACGGUGUUGUGUCUUCUGGACAGUGGAGCUGACAUCAACAGGCCAAAUGUCUCUGGAGCCACACCUCUUUACUUUGCCUGCAGUCAUGGUCAAAGAGACACGGCACAGAUCUUGCUUUCACGAGGAGCUAAAUACGUUGCCGACAAGAAUGGAGUCACGCCUCUGGAUCUCUGUGUGCAGGGCGGGUAUGGGGAGACCUGUGAGAUUCUCAUCCAGCACCAUUGUAGACUGUUCCAAACCCUCAUCCAGAUGACACAAAAUGAUGACAUCAAAGAAAACAUGCUCAGGCAGGUGCUGGAGCACGUUUCUCAGCAAAGCAACAACUACCACCAAAAGAUCUUGACCAGUCUGGCUGAAGUUGCAACUACUAAUGGACACAAGCUUCUAAGUCUGUCCAGUAGCUAUGAAGCUCAAAUGAAGAGUCUGCUGAGAAUUGUGCGCAUUUUUUGCCAUGUAUUUCGCCUUGGGCCUUCCACACCAAAUAAUGGCAAUGACAUGGGGUAUAAUGGUAACAAGACCCCUCGCAGCCAGGUAUUUAAGCCCUUGGAGCUACUCUGGCACUCACUGGAUGAGUGGCUGGUGCUCAUUUCCACAGAGCUGGAAAGGAACAGAAAAAACCCAUCUUCACCCCACUCCAGCAGCGAGAUAGCUUCUCUGCUUCUUAAACAGCGUGAGGCUGACCACUCUGGCACUAUGCCCAAACUUCCCUCCUUGCUGGACCAUCAGAUAGUUAUGGAAGCAGAGGCCUACACCGACGGGGAGGAUGUGAUCUCCAUGACUUCUAAUCGGCUCAGCGCUGUCAUUCAGGCCUUCUAUCUGUGCUGUUCAUGUCAGAUGCCACAAGGAAUGACAUCACCUCACUUUAUAGAGUUUGUCUGCAAGCAUGAUGAAGUGCUGAAGUGCUUUGUAACCAGGAAUCCAAAGAUAAUCUUUUACCAUUUCCACUUUCUGCUGGAGUGUCCAGAGUUGAUGUCACGGUUCAUGCAUAUCAUUAAGGGUCAGCCAUUCAAAGAUCGAUCUGAGUGGUUCUACGAGCAUUUGCUGGCUGACCAGCCAGAUUCAGACAUGGUUCAUCGUCCAGUCAAUGAGAGUGACAUCUUGCUUAUCCACAGAGACUCAAUAUUUAGGAGUAGCUGUGAAAUGGUUUCCAAGUCCACCAAUGAAAAGUUAAAACAAGGUAUUGCCGUUCGCUUCCACGGUGAAGAGGGAAUGGGUCAGGGCGUGGUUCGGGAGUGGUUUGACAUCCUGUCGAAUGAGAUGAUAAACCCAGAUUAUGCUCUUUUCACUCAGUCCGCCGAUGGCACAACUUUUCAGCCCAACAGCAACUCCUCAGUGAAUCCGGACCAUUUGAACUACUUCCAGUUUGCUGGUCAGAUUUUGGGUCUGGCUUUGUAUCACAGACAGCUGGUUAACAUCUACUUCACCCGUUCGUUCUACAAACACAUACUGGGUAUCCCUGUUAACUACCAAGAUGUGUCAUCCAUUGACCCAGAGUAUGCUAAGAAUUUGCAGUGGAUCUUGGAUAAUGACAUCAGUGAUCUUGGUUUGGAGCUCACCUUCUCUGUAGAGACGGAUGUGUUCGGGGCGAUGGAGGAAGUUCCACUUAAACCCGGGGGGACUAGCCUCCUGGUCACACAGGAGAACAAGGCCGAGUAUGUCCAGCUGGUCACAGAGCUGCGGAUGACCCGAGCCAUCCAGCCUCAGAUAAAUGCAUUCCUGCAGGGAUUCCACACUUUCAUCCCCCCCUCACUCAUUCAGCUUUUUGAUGAGUACGAAUUGGAGCUGCUGUUGUCAGGCAUGCCAGAGAUUGACGUGGAGGAUUGGUGCAGGAACACCGAGUACACCAGUGGUUACGACCCUCAGGAACCCGUCAUCCAGUGGUUUUGGAAGGUGGUAAGAGGACUGACUCAAGAGGAACAUGUUCUCCUGCUUCAGUUUGUCACUGGAAGUUCUAGGGUUCCUCAUGGUGGAUUUGCUUAUCUGAUGGGUGGCAGUGGUUUACAGAAGUUCACUAUAGCUGCAUUGCCAUAUACCUCCAACCUGCUGCCUACCUCCAGUACUUGUAUCAACAUGCUUAAACUCCCCGAAUAUCCUACCCUGGAGGUUCUGAGGGACAGACUGCUGGUAGCUCUGCACUGUGGGAGCUGUGGAUACACCAUGGCAUAAACCGCCCUGCCUUCCUGCUGCUGUGAGGAUGUCCAGGCUCACACAAUCUUCAUUGUUGUUUUUUUUGUUGUUGUUUUUAUUGUUUGUUUUCUUGCCCUGCACAAUUCAGUUUCAUUUUUGUUAAAUGAACAAGGGACAUGAUAGUUGAUGAAGCAUCACAAGAGACAAAACAGACACUACGGGUUUAUGAAGCAGAGUUUGAGUUGUUUGAUGGAUGUUGGGAAAGACAUCACUCAUCCCAUAUAACGGUUUUGAAGUCAAAUUACACUGUACAACUGUCUAAAUGGAACAGGAAAAUGAACAUACAGGCAAUCAACUGACAUCAAAUCAUAGGUAAGGAAAAAAUGAUGUAACAAAUUAUUUGUUUUUUAGCAUUAAUCUCUGCCAUAAUGUGUUUGUUCUUUGGGCUAUCGGUCUGUUUGAACAACCAAAAACAUCUUUAGUUGGGGCUGAUUGCAGGUUUAAGAUAUUUCUGCAAGCACAGUAUCAAUGUUUUUGUUUUUUGUCUAUUAUUGUUUUUACAUCUUUUAGAAAUGUGUUAAUCUCAUGUUUAGUUUUUUGACAUCGUAGUAAGCUGUAAAAGAGUUCUCCAAGCACUUUGCUGUUCGCUGUUGGAAAUCUUGAGAGAAACGUGUUCUUCAGUAUUUUAGUUUGCUGCAGUAUUGCCAUAUGGUACACAACAUAACAUAGAGAUCAUUUAAACAACUGCAGUGGGGAACCAAAAGCUGACAGUGACUCCAUUAUCGCAGUUUUUAUUACGGAUGGACAAUGCCACCGCAAAAAUACUUACAAUUUCUCAACCAUGGUUACUCUUUUUUUCAGAGUGAGAUGAAGGUAAAAAUAGUAGUGGAUGUACAGGAAUCACAUUUCAAACUUUAAGUGUUCAAUUCAAGCCAUAAACAAUGAUGCGUUUUGAUGUGGUUCAAACCUCACAAAUGAAAGGUGUCUGAAAACAGUUGUUGGUCUGUAGUUAUAUUUUGCCACACUGCCUUUCUGGGUGAUAUCAAUCUGUUUUUAGUUUAUCUAAGCUUAUGAAAUCACUGCAAGGAUACAGUUCGACGACCAAAAUAAAUUUGGGCACGUAAAGAUGUGUAUUAUGUCCGUGUUGAAUAGAAAUGUCUGUAGCACCUAGUGCUACUUUUUAAAAAUGUUUUACAAGCAGCAGUCUUGUGUUUUUGUCACCUCAGAAUUAGGUAAAAACAUGAAUAUCUGGUACAUCAUUUGAUGAUUUUACAUCUGCUGUUUUUUUUAUAAAUCUAAGUAAUAUGUGUAGUAACAUGACAUAAAAAGAUUUAUAAACCAUUCUUGAUCAUCUGCAUGUAUGGUCUCCAUGGAAGUACAACAAGGGUAACAAAGGGAUUAACUGCAGAUAGGCCUGUUCAGUUUUACAUUUAAAUAGCUAUAUUCGUAGCAAACACUUUUGAAAAAUUAUGAUAUGUAGUCAACAAGGCAAACGGAGACACAUGACAAAAAUAAAAUGGAGAUAAUUUACAUAGGAGUCAUACUUAUUAAGACUGGAUUAUCCUUUUGUACAUAGACUUUCAUUAAAAAAGAGUCACCUGCAAACUAUGUGUAAAGAUCUUAUCCAACUUGAUCUGAAAAUUUAGCAGAAUACAUCAUUUGAAUUGCCUAAAAUAUGUUAAACGGAAAAACAGAAACUAUAAUUAUUUCCUUUUUAAUAUAGAUAUAAAAGGUGAUAUCUGUGCAAAUAAUAAAAAAGAAAAACUUUUCUUUAGGAAACAAAGCUGUGUCAUAGACUAAGCUCAUCUAGUGAGGGGUGUGUGGAAUUUAUACACAUGUGUGGAUGCUUCACAUGCUGUCUUGCCAAUAUGUUUUCCAUUUAAAGAGUCCCCGUCGAUGGUAAUCCUCCUUGCACAAUAAAAUGUGUGUCAUUAUUUCUUAUGUAGAAUUUGUUGUCAUUUGGACGUAUUUGCUGUGUUCUGUGUUUGUAUAUCACAACAUGAUGUUAACAUCCUUGAAUUAGACUUUUUUUGUAUUCAUCAUGCUCCGCGGCAUUAUUUAAAAAGAUCUUCAUAUCUGAGUUACCAACGUUUGGCUCACAGUGCCAAAAAAAAACAAGAAAGAAAAAAGGUACCGGAAUCCUCUCAGAAUCAUUGUUGUCUUUUCUGAAAAAAUAAAUAAAAAUGCUGAAAGAUCAUGUCAUGAAUGUAUCACAGAAAGGUUUAACUUUAAAUGCAGAGUUCAGGCAUUACUUUGAAAUGACAGGUGAUUUAUUGAUAUUGUUUUGAAUUUCCUGUUUGAAUUGCUAUUGUAAAAAUAUGAUAUUGUUUAUUACAAAUUGAGUCUUUGUACUUGCACUGAAAAUGUAUUCAUUAUGAAAUGGGGCAUUUUAUCCUGAAGCAUAAUUUGUGCUUUGAAAUUUCUUCCAUUAAACUUGUAUUUGUAACGCUGUAGUUUUU